CCGGGUCCGGUCAUCAUGCAUCACUACUUGGCGUCGAUCAUCUGGCCGCACUGCCAGUGACUGCAGCGACCGCGUCAGUCCCCCUACACUCGUCUCAGGCUGAGGACUCACAGACUAGUCUUGGACUUGGCAUAACUACGAUGGGUUCGGGUCAGAGCCAUUCUGAGGAGCUCAAGUCGGAGAAGUUGUCCACUCCUCCCCCGCUGGAGAAAGACUCCCCCAUCGUCGUUGUGGGCGCAGGGACAUGGGGUGCGUCAACAGCGUUAUAUCUGGGCCGCCGGGGAUACACCAAUGUCGUCGUAUUGGACCCACACCCCUAUCCGUCUCCCAUUUCGGCUGGCAACGAUGUGAAUAAGAUCGCGGAGACAAUCUCGUGGCGACCUUCCGGCGGAGAGGAGGACGAUCGCGUGCCCGUUGAGACGCACAUCGCGGCCCGCACGAGCGAGGGGUGGUUAAACGAUCCGGUAUUCAAGCCAUAUUAUCACGACACUGGGUUCAUAGCCGCAGCCAGCACCCCAGAUGCUUACGAGUUCGUCAAGGAGCACGAGAUCACUGAGGACAUGUCGGAGUACGUUCCUCUCGCCGGCACGGAGUUUCGUCAGGCGAUGCCCGAGGGCGUGCUCACGGGCGAGUUUCCCAACUGGAAGGGGUUCUGGAAGAAACGCGGAGCAGGCUGGGUGCACGCGUGCAACGCGUACGUCAGCGCCGCGGAAGAAGCUCAGAGGCUGGGGGUGCGCUUCCUGACGGGGACACCGGAAGGCAAGGUCACGGGCCUGCUCUACGGUGACAACGGCGAUGUCGUUGGAGUUACGACAGCAGACGGGAAGGAACAUCGUGCGACGCGUACCAUCAUGACCGCGGGCCCAUAUGCGGACCAACUUUUGGACUUCAAGGACCAACUGCGACCUACGGCGUGGACACUUGCACACAUCAAGAUGGAGCCCUCUGAGCUCCCGCUCUACAAGAACCUUCCGGUGCUCUUCAAUGUGGAGCGUGGUUUCUUCAUGGAACCGGACGAAGAGCACCAUGAACUCAAGAUCUGCGACGAACAUCCUGGGUACACGAACUUUAAGGGUCCGUGCCACGAUCCUGCAGCCGAGAGCAGCGGUAGUAUCCCGUUCGCAAAGCACCAGAUCCCCGAAGCAUCAGAGCAGCGUGUGCGCAACUUCCUCCGGGAGACGAUGCCUCAACUGGCGGACCGGCCAUUCGCAUUCGCUAGGAUCUGCUGGUGCGCCGAUACACCUGACCGGAGGUUCCUGAUCGACACGCACCCAGAUCAUCCGUCUCUGGUCUUAGGUGUUGGCGGGUCGGGUCACGGGUUUGCGCACAUAACGAGUAUUGGAGGCUUCAUCGUGGACGAGCUCGAGGGAAGGCUAGAGAAGCGGUUCAAGGAAGCAUUUAGGUGGCGACCAGAGACUGCUGUUAACCGCGACUGGAGGGAUCUGCAAGGACGGUGGGGUGUAGAAAGGAGAGUCAUGGACUUUGGCGAAGUCAAAGAAUGGACACAAGUUAGGGACGGACGAGACUAUUAGAGCCCUCCGCAUUGAGGGUCGCUUAAUCACAGGCAAGACAAACGCUGCCCACAAAGUCAGUGAGCUCUCAAUUGUUCGUUGCUUUGAACUGUAUUGUUAUGACCGUCACAAUAUACAUGCACAAACACCAAU